ACGAAGUCGCAUCCAAAUCCAAGUUCACACAAUAAUUAAAGAGCAGCCUGAGAGGAAGGGAAAGUGUCGCUAAUUCUGCGUUGAAAUCAUUUCAAACCACGUUCCCCUUCAUCUCCAACAAAAACUUCAAACCAACGACACCCCUCCCUAAAUUUGGAGAGAGAAAAACAAAAUCGUUUUUUGAGAGAGAAAGCUCAACUUCCAUGGCGGACGCAGACUCGUCAGAACCAGAGCAACAACUCAACCCCAAACAAAAGAUUGAGAUUGCCAAAUGGUUCCUCUUGAACUCUCCCGCCGGCGAAAUCCAAUACAUUUCCAAAGAUUUGAAGACGAUUUUGAAGGAUGAUAAUGUGCAUAAUUUGGCUGCGUUGGAGGCGUUUCCUCAGUACAACAAAUCUCACAUGAUUUGUCUCGAAUUUCCUGAUAGAAGUUCUGAUGUGAUAAUUUCAUCAUUCAGUGAGGUUUCUGAUAAUGAAUAUCUUGAUCCUAGGACUGCCCAAGUUGCUAUUGUUGAUCAUGUCAAACAAGUUUGUACAGAGGCGAGACCUGCUAGUGACGAGGAACUUCCAUCUUCCUACAUUGAGGAAUUCAGAUGUGCUUUGGAUGCUGAAAUCAUGAAAUAUGCCAGUGAAGCUUAUCCAAAAGGCAUCUCUGCAGUUUAUUGUGUAAAGGGAAAUGACGUGGAGGAACCAGGGUCUGAUUUUGAGUUAGUCGUUCUUAUUUCAGCCGCCAGGCUCAGUCCCAAUAAUUUUUGCAACGGAAGUUGGAGAUCUAUAUGGAACAUUGAGUUCAAUGAUGAGGAUCAGUCAGUGGAAAUAAAAGGCAAAUUGCUGGUAGGGGCUCAUUACUUUGAGGAGGGAAAUGUCCAGUUGGAUGCAAGUCAUGAAUGCAAAGAUUCGACUCUACUUCAGAACCCAGACGACUCAGCCUUAGCCAUAACCAACAUCAUUAGGCAGCAGGAAUCGGAGUACUUAGCGGCACUGGAGGCUUCCUACUUAAAGCUGCCGGACACCACUUUCAAGGAUCUUCGGAGAAAGUUACCAGUUACUCGUACUCUGUUUCCUUGGCACAGCACUAUGCAAUUCAGUCUAACAAGAGAUAUAGCAAAGGAACUUACCAUUCGGAAGUGAGCAAUGCCAAGGCUGGUCUAGUAUAUACGAGUAAUUCCUAGGUUUUUGUGAAUGAGUUAAGUUUCUAGAGUAGAUCUUCCUUCCUUUGUGAUCCAAUUUGUCAUUCUAACCCUUGUUAAUUGUUCGAUGACACUGCUAUACUUGUUUCAAUUUUGGUUUUGAUGUAUAGAUGUAUAGUUGAUUGGUCGGAUGCCAUAUGUGUGAAAAUGAUGAUAAAUUCAAUCUCAAGUGGGUUGUUUGGUUCUUAAAA